UCAGGAUCACACACGAUGUCAAACACUGACACAGAAGAGGAGCCACUUUGUGAGCUGGGCUACAGGUUGGGUCAUGCGUUAGGGAAGAGCAGUUUCUCCAAGGUGAAAGCAGCCACCUCCAACAAAUACAAGGGCCCCUUAGCCAUCAAGAUGGUGGACCAGAAACAAGCACUCCUAGUCUUCACGGACAAGUUUCUACCCUGGGAGCUCUCCAUCGUGUGCAAGAUCCAGCACCCCAACAUGGUGCGCAUCUUCGAGGUCAUCGAGGGCUGAGAUGGGAAGGUCUACAUGCGCCCCCCAGCCGCGGCCCUGCAGCAGCUGGUGCAGCAGCUGGGGAAGCUGCCCUGCGUCCCCAAGGCCCGGGACAUCUUUGUGCAGGUCAUGGGGGCCAUGCACUACCUGCAUGACCACAACUUGGUGCGCCGGGACCUCAAGUGUAAGAACGUCCUGCUCACCACCAAUGGCUGCCAGGCCAAACUCAGUGACUUUAGCUUUAGCAAGGAGGUCAACAGCUACCCUGAGCUGAGCACCACGUUCUGCGGGACAGCAGCCUACAUGUCCCCCGAGGUGCUGAUGGGCAUCCAAGAAGUACAAUAUGUGUAUACCACUAUUUAG